UCACCAGCUUGCUUUCUGCGGAGCAGCAGCAACGGACCUGCCGUUUUUGGUUGAAACUCCUGCAGCCCCCCACGCCCCACCCACCCAAGUGGACAAUGUGCUCUGGCCGUCAGUCGAAUUUGCACUUAGUUCCUGGGGCGGCGCUGAGCGGUGCAAGCCAGGGUGGGGCCCACGGCAGAGCCUCCCGCCGCUUGCCGCACGGAACCCGGGAGCCGGAGGGCGUCGGCGCCGGGGGGAGGGGCGGAGGUUGCCCGGGACGCGGACACGCUCGUGGGAAGAGAAGCCGCGUUCCAGGGACUCCGCUCCCGCCACCCGUUCGACGACGCUCUGCACCUGGACCGACCUCCUCGCUUUGGAGGAAGAAUACAAGACGAGUCAGAAAGGACAGUGGCAGUCCUCAGUGGUCUGAACAAGGGAAAGCAGAAAGAGGCUUUCUCCAGGCAGAAGCUCGCAGCUACACAGUAUACAGCCCGCUCAGAGGCCUCCCACUUCUGACUGGUUUCCUAAGAAAAAGAAAAGGAACUCAGUGGACCAUCGCUAUGGAAUGUGACUAGAAUCAGCCCCAUCUGUCACCUCCGCUGCACACCAGCUCCAGCCCUGGUCAUCGCGCCUGCCUCACUGCAGCAUCCUCCUGGCUCUCCUGGCUCCCAUCCCGCUGCUGGUAACUGAUCUCCAUAUGGUGACCAGACACGUCGAAUGAUCGCACACUAGCGUUUCUUA